AUGAAUGCUCCAGGUUUUCUGAGGUCCAGGUGUGCUCGAAAUGUCAAGAAUCCGGAAGAAGUACUUUUUGCUAUCGAAUGGGAGGAUGACGCCUCGUUCAAAGCGUUUGUGGAAUCCCCAGCCGAUCCGCUAUAUAUUCGAGGACUUGGAAUUCAUGACUCACAUAUCCCCAAUGCUAUGGUUUCCCUCUUCCCCAACUUUGAUUUGGUGGAAAAGGGAGUUGUGUUACAGGCUUGGCCUAAUCAGGAGCCCCUAGUAUUGUAUGAAGCUGCGGAUCAAGAUGAUGAUGCACGAGAGAACGGGAAAAGACAGGUUAGGAGAAUAAAUCCUGUCAGUAUGGAGGAGAUAACAUGGCACGUAGCGAAAGUCGAAGAAAAGGAUGAGGAGGAUUGA